AUGCAGGCCUGGGAGCAGGUCGUCAUCGCCUACGAGCCCGUCUGGGCCAUCGGCACGGGAAAGGUCGCGACGCCGAAGCAGGCGCAGGAGGUCCACCACCUCGUGCGGGGGUGGCUCGCGGCGAACGUGUCGCCCGGGGUCGCGGCAGCGGUACGCAUCCUCUACGGCGGCUCCGUCACCGCGGCGAACGCGCUGGAGCUCUAUCGCCAGCCCGACGUUAACGGCUUCCUUGUCGGAGGAGCCUCGCUCAAGGCCGACUUCCUCAAGAUCAUCGACUCGACCAAAGACUAA